AUGAUGGAGCCAAGGCAACAGAACACCGCGCUAUAUCCUUCGAACCUGACCGACCUUCUGGCCGUCUCCUACCAGCAGAAUGCCGACGGCGAAGACCGACAUUCGGUCUACAACGGCGACUUCGCCGACAGAUCCGCUUCGCCGACAUCCACGCUCGACGACGGCGACAGCAGCCAAUCAGCCUUCGGCGUGGACCUCACCGGAAAAGGGACGAAUUUGGCGGGAAAAUCGUUCACCAUAGCCGCCAUCUUAGGUUUAACGAACAGUGAGGACGAUGUGAUCAAUUUAAGUGUGCAAGAACGGUUGCAUCAGAACCAGAGACAUUUGCAGAGCUAUUUUUACGCGAAUCACGACAUGCAGCGGUUGAAUAACAACGGUUUUUGUCGCAGCGCGGUGGGUUUGCCGCCGGGGAUACGACAAGACAGUCCGCGGCCGGAGCGGCCUCCCACGGGACAGCUGAAGCCUCGGACACACUCCAUCACCUGCUCAAGUAGCUCAGGCCGCAGCAAGCGUAUCCGCACGAUCUUCACCCCAGAACAGCUGGAGCGGCUGGAGGCGGAGUUCGAGCGGCAGCAGUACAUGGUGGGCCCCGAGCGCCUGUACCUCGCGCACGCGCUUCAGCUCACCGAGGCGCAGGUGAAAGUCUGGUUCCAGAACCGGCGUAUAAAAUGGCGGAAGCACCACCUGGAGGUCACGCAGCAGCGACUCGCUGUGCUGCACCGACACAGGCCAGAAGAAAGAGAUGAAGAUGUCUAGUAACCGGGACGAAUACGUCUAGUAACCGGGACAAAAACGUCUAAA